UGGGGCGCCUGGCCAUGGAGAAGCGCACCUGGCGCGCCGCGCAGCCCCGACCUGUCCCCUCCUGCCUCGCCAGCGCAGCCUGCCGCCCCCGCCGCUCCUCUCGACGAGGCACCUUUUAGCCGCUGGGCGUCCUCCUCCCGCAGCAGCCAAGUGAAUGAGGGCUCCGCUCAUUCCUGCCAUGCCUGCGCUUUAGGCUGCCGCUCCGGGGCAUGCAGCUCUCUGCCACCCUGGCAGCGCGCUCCGCUUCCCUCUCCAAAACAGGAGCCAGGCGCACGGCGUCCGGGCUGCUCCGUCGCUAGGGGUGGUUUGCGGAGCUCCGCUUGGCGGGAGAGGAUGCCGUCCAGCAGCCUGGCGGGCCUGUGGCUCUGGCUGCUCUUGGAAGCGCAGCUCAAGGGUGCACCUGUGACAUGUGCAGGUCAAGCAGCCGCUGCCAGCCCAGAUCUCCCUCCCUCUUUGCACUCUGAGUUGUUGGAGUUCACAGACAACAGUGAAUAUGUUAUUGUGACAGCAUAUGAAGUAGACCGAAAUGGGGAUUAUGUAAGUCAUGGAGUUGCACACCAUGAAAGGAGGAAGAGAGAAGCAUCAGAGGGAGAAACUGACUCGCUGCACCUCCAUUUCCAUGGAUUUGGCCACGACUUCCAGCUUGACCUUAAGACUUCAGAUUUUCUCGUGGCGCCUGGAUUUACAAUACAGACCCUGGGCAAGGGGAGAACCAAGUCAAUACACACCUACCCAGCAGAAGACUUUUGCUUUUAUCAAGGUGUCUUGCGGUUGCACAAAAACUCGUCUGUAGCACUUUCAACAUGCGGAGGCUUGUCUGGCUUGAUAAGGACGCAGGAAGCUGAUUACUUGCUGAAACCACUACCUCCAAAUAUUGCACUUAAACACAACUUCUCUGCUCCUCACGGCCACCGCCCUCAUGUACUGUAUAAGAGAUCUACUGAGCCUCAACUGGCAUUUGAUAAUGAGGUAACUGUGAAUGAUGAGAGGCAAAGGGAAGUGGAUGUUCACAAUCAUGUUUUUCAAGAGACCCACCAUCAUCGCAAUUCUGAGCGGCGGCAAAAACGGCACUUUUGUGGGAGGCGCAAGAAAUAUAUGCCCCAGCCUCCAGAUGGAGACACUUAUAUCCUGCCAGAUGAAUAUGGAUAUCUACUGCGAAGCAAACGAUCUCUUAUGAAGGCUCAGAAGAGCAAAGAGCUGAAUGUUGAGACCUUGGUGGUGGUUGACAAAAAGAUGAUGCAAAACCACGGCCAUGACAAUAUUACUACGUACGUCCUGACUAUACUCAAUAUGGUUUCCGCUUUGUUCAGAGAUGGAACCAUUGGAGGAAAUAUCAAUAUCGCAGUUGUUGGCUUGAUACUUUUGGAAGAAGAACAGCCGGGGCUCGUGAUCAAUCACCACGCUGACCAUACCCUGAGUAGUUUUUGUCAGUGGCAGUCUGGGCUGAUGGGGAAGGAUGGGAGCCGCCACGACCAUGCAAUUUUGCUUACCGGCCUAGAUAUAUGUUCCUGGAAGAACGAGCCAUGUGAUACCUUAGGAUUUGCUCCAAUAAAUGGAAUGUGCAGUAAAUAUCGCAGCUGCACAGUUAAUGAAGAUACUGGUCUUGGCCUGGCCUUUACUAUUGCUCAUGAGUCUGGACACAACUUUGGCAUGAUCCAUGAUGGAGAGGGAAAUAUUUGCAAGAAGUCUGAAGGUAACAUCAUGUCACCCACACUGGCAGGACACAAUGGGGUCUUCUCAUGGUCAGCUUGUAGCCGUCAGUAUCUCCACAAAUUUCUAAGCUCUGCUCAGUCCUUGUGUCUUUCUGAUCAGCCUAAGCCCGUGCAUGAGUACAAAUAUCCCGAGAAGCUCCCAGGAGAGCUGUAUGAUGCUGCCACGCAGUGCAAGUGGCAGUUCGGUGAGAAAGCCAAGCUGUGCAUGAUGGACUUCAAAAAGGAUAUUUGCAAAGCGUUGUGGUGCCAUCGGAUCGGCAGAAAAUGUGAGACCAAAUUCAUGCCAGCUGCAGAAGGUACAACGUGUGGAUAUGACAUGUGGUGCCGUGGAGGGCAGUGUGUCAAGUAUGGCGAUGAAGGGCCCAAGCCAACCCACGGACAGUGGUCAGAGUGGUCCCGGUGGUCAUCGUGUUCCAGAACCUGUGGAGGAGGCAUAUCUCACCGAGAGCGAAAUUGUACGAAUCCAAGGCCGUCGCACGGGGGAAAGUUCUGCGAGGGUUCCUCUCGGAUGUUGAAACUCUGCAACAGUCAGAAGUGCCCAAAGAACAGCAUUGGCUUCAGAGCAGCCCAGUGUGCAGAAUUCAACAGCAAGCGGUUCAGAGGAUGGAACUACAAGUGGAAGCCUUACACUCAAGUAGCAGAUCAAGACUUGUGCAAGCUGUACUGUAUUGCAGAAGGCUUUGAUUUCUUCUUUUCUCUGUCGAACAAAGUAAAAGAUGGGACACCCUGCUUGGAAGAUAGCCCUAAUGUCUGUAUAGAUGGGAUUUGUGAGGUGGUUGGCUGUGACCACGUCUUAGGCUCCAGUUCUGUGGAAGAUGCUUGUGGAGUGUGCAAAGGAGACAAUUCAAGCUGUAGAAUAUAUAAGGGGCAGUACACAAAAUACCACCCUACAAAUCAAUACUACAACUUAGUUGUUAUCCCUGCUGGAGCACGAAGCAUCCGUGUGUAUGAAAUGAACACCUCCAGCUCCUAUAUUGCUGUUCGGAGUUCCAGUAAAAAAUACCACCUCAAUGGCUACUGGACCGUUGACUGGCCAGGGAGAUACAAGUUUGCCGGAUCUGUUUUUGACUACCGAAGGCCACCUAACCAGCCAGAGACAUUAACUGCUCCUGGGCCGACAAAUGAAAGUGUGGUAAUAGAGCUUCUCUCUCAAGGCAAAAACCUAGGGAUUGGCUGGGAAUAUUCCCUUCCUAAGGCCGAAAGUGAAAAAAUGACAGCAAUGAAGCCUAACUAUACAUGGGCCAUCACCCAUUCCGAAUGCUCCGUCUCGUGUGGAGGAGGUCAAAUGGUCACAAAAGCAAGUUGCUACAAAGACGUGCAGGUACCGGUGGAUCCUUCUUUCUGUAACCCCAAGACUCAACCAGCUCCUGGAAUUGUUCCUUGCAAAAAGGCAGCUUGCCCUCCCAGCUGGUCUGUCGGCAACUGGAGCGAGUGCAGCUUGACGUGUGGAGCAGGCGAGAGGUACCGCUACGUCCGUUGCAUGCAGAGAAUUCACUACAAGCCAGAAUGGGUGUCCGAUUCUCUUUGCCAAUUCCCGGCCCCAGCCAACAGGGAACUCUGCAACAACCAAAAAUGCCCACCUACCUGGAGUGCUGGGUCCUGGUCUGAGUGCUCUCGAACAUGUGGGAAAGGCUGGAGGAAAAGAGUGGUUUUGUGCAAAAGCUCCAGCUCUUCUCCCUGGGCUCAGGUUCUGUCCGAUGCUGCCUGUGCCUCAGAACUGAAACCGAAGAUGCAGGAAGACUGCCUCCUGAAGCGAUGCCACAAACACAAGAAGAUCCAGUGGUUUGUCUCCACAUGGACCGAGUGCUCUGUGACAUGUGGAAAGGGAGUGCAGAGGAGGACAGUGAACUGUGCAGAAAAAUACGUUUCUGGAAAAUACAGAGAACUUGCUCCUAAGAAGUGUUCCCACCUUCAGAAACCAAACAUAGACUUGGAAAAAGCCUGCAUCUUACAUCCUUGUCCCAGGCACUCUGCUUAUUCACCAGUAACUCAAGGCAGCUGGUUUUCCUCUUCUUGGUCUCAGUGCACAACAACCUGUGGUGGAGGCAUGCAAGUCAGGUCAGUUCAGUGUCUAGCCAACGGGAGGUCAGCCACUGGAUGUCUGCCGCACCAGAAGCCUGUCGCCUCACAGGCUUGUAACACCAACUUCUGCCCUCUUCCCGAAAAGAAAGAUACCUUCUGUAAGGAUUACUUUAAUUGGUGCCACUUGGUUCCCCAGCACGGUGUUUGUAACCAUAGUUUCUACGGCAAACAAUGCUGCAGGUCUUGUGUAAACUCAAAUUUGUAAGGGAGGCUUGCUCCUCAGGCAGAAAGCGUAGCUUUUGAGUGCAAACAUUGCUGCGCCUUCUAACUCGGAACUGUGAUUGUCGGACGCAUGAUUCUCAAGAGUGACUUCAAUUUGCUCUGAAGCCUACUUUAAUUAUGAGCCUGGACACAAAAUGUAGUCAAUAGCUACCUGGAUGAGUGAGGUGUCUCAAAUACUUUCCAGUACUGUAUUCUGAAGUGACCCCCAUCCCCAUCCCCACCCCAUUGCUGUUUUGGGGUAAGCACCCUGUUCUUAAGAUGAAUGGAGGGAAGGGGUUUUAAUGAACAGGGACAUUUUCUGCAUUUGAAUUGAUCCUUCAGAAGCUGCCACUUUCUUUUGAGACGACAUUGAAGAGUUGCCUGGAGCAUGGACAUCUGAAGCCGGCAACAGAGAGAGAGAAGUCUGGCCUGAGGAAGGACUUUAGUUCUUUUACCACCCCUUUGGGCACCAUCUACCGGGGAGUUCUCUUGCACGAACCCCACCAAAAUCUGUGGCGGCUAUGCAGGAGCUUUUCCACAGGGCUUAUUGUGGCGGGGACAGCUUUGCGUCCGAGAUAUUUAUUACAUUUUACCAGUGUUUUUGCGCAGCUCCCGGCCAACUCCACGGGACCUUGUGUAGAACUGCCCCUUCGUGCCUCAUGCCCUAGUGGCAGAAUCUAUCAACGCCCUAUUAAAAUGAAGAUUGUAACUGAUUACAGCAGUUGAAACGUACUUGAGGCUCUUUGGCCAAUAAAUAAACCUGAACUGCUUUAGUUAGAUCUGUAGCUUUUAACGGAUGAGAGAAUCUGGGGGGGGGGGCAGGCAAGGACAAGCCUCAGGGGUGCCCUUUUCCCUCAACAUUUGCCAGAUAAUAAGAUCCUUUAUAUUUGUUGUUUUCAAAUGAGCGCUCUUAUUGAAAUGUCCUUGUUUUAUGCUGUACUGCUAGCUGUAAAAAAAAAAGAGUGUUCUGCCAUCAGUGUUACUUAAAUGGCUGAUUAUACCAAAACUAUGUUUGCAUUUAAACAUAAGGUACUACUACCAUGUUAGAUUCCCAGCCUAGGAAAUUGUUUUUCUUUUUUUGCAUUGUAAUACUAUUCAGGGCAACUGGAACAUGUUUUGCAAGGUUAGAAGCUGCACGGAAUGCUGAUAUCAGAGCUGUGUAUAUUCUGCAAUUCCACUGAUCAGAAAUGCAUAUACAGUGGAACCUCAGUUUAUGAACACCUCGGUUUACGAAUUUUCGGUUUACGAACUCCGUGGACCCAUCUGGAACGGAUUAAUUCACUUCCCAUUACAGUGGUACCUCGGGUUACGAACACGAUCCGUUCCCGGUCGCGGUUCGUAACCCGAAAAUGUCGCAAACCGAGUGCCAUUUUUGCGCAUGCGCAAAGCGCAUGUGCCGCUUCUGCGCACGCGCGGAACGCAUGCGCGACGAAAACACUUCCGGGUUUGCGGAGUUCGUAACCCAAAGUGUUCGCGACCCGAGCGGUUCGUAACCCGAGGUACGACUGUACUUUCUAUGGGAAAGUUCGCUUCAGUUUAUGAACGCUUCAGUUUGUGAACAGACUUCCAGAACCAAUUACACCCAUGCUUCGGGUUAAGUACGUUUCAGUUUAAGUACUCCGCGGAACGUCUGGAACAGAUUAAUCCACUUUCCAUUACUUUCAAUGGGAAAGUUCGCUUCAGUUUAUGAACACUUCAGUUUAUGAAGAGACUUCUGGAACCAAUUGUGUUCAUAAACCGAGGUACCACUGUAUAUAUAUGUUACUGAGCAUGGAAUGCCAAUUCCAGAGUAUCUUGGAUUUCAUUAAACAAGUUUCUAGCUCUCAUGGCUGCCAAGAUACAUUGCAGUGCAAUCAUUUGUAUGUCUACUUGAAAGCAAAUUCUAAUGAGCUCAAUGUGGUUUAUGCCCAGGUAAGUUUAUAUAAAGAUUGCAGCCUUAAAUGUGUGAGGGCAAUGCUUGCCAAAGCCUCAGAUUUCAGAGCAAUUGCUCAACAACGUUUCUGCUGUUGUGAUAGGGCUUCAGCUGCAAAAGCAGAAUAAAUUUUGCAAAAUAUGGAAAAAUGCACAUGUUUAUAUUGUUUGCAAAAUUGAUGGAGAACACAGAAUUUGACUUUUUUGGUGCUGAAUUUUUCACUGUUGGAAAUGCAGAGUGUGUCUUCCAGCCCUGAGUACAAUGUAAACUGCAAUUACAGCAUUGUUGCUUCCUCAAGAUUUUCUGGUGCUGUCACUCCAAA